CAACCACGCACCCAGAGCACUGCAUUAACAAACGAACAUACACCCACAGGUGUCUGUCUCACCUCCCAUGAACCUUAACCCACCAGUGACACCCUGCAGUUCCCCAGAUGCAAUCAGAGACUGGGACUGUUGAACGCUGGAAUUAUCGCCGUAUAACCAAACCUUUCUUAGCUACCAAACAUCUAAUAUAAAACCCUUAACAAAGUCAAGCAGAGAACCAAAUUUAUCAUCCCACUGCUCACUACCCAAAAUAUAGGGUGCUUUCCUAAAAGUAUCGAGUGACUGGAAAUGCUCAAACCCAUCCCCAAGCACCCCCUGCAGUGCAACUAAGAAAUUGCUCCUUAGACUACUAUAUGCUGGACACUCCCACAACACAUAACUCACACUUUCACACUCAUCACACAACAGGAACCCCUGCCUUUUAGUCCAUGCGUGCCUGACCUGAACUUAAACCUAGACCCAGCAUCACUUGCCCUACUAAACUCUACGACCUUGUUGAAUGUCUUGUACAGUGGUAGCUUUACUUUGCCCUCUUCAAACCGUAUAAUUUCCCUCUCAUUGAUACUAUCCCGUAGCAUCAAGGGCUCUAACUCAGCUGCCUGAGUCUUAUUGGCUUCCUCCCAUAUUCUAAUGUCACCGCCACAACCUGCAAGCACUCAAAUUAAUAUCAUUGUCUAACAUAUUCUUGAUAUGCACAUCCCAUGCAUCAGUACUAGUGAAAUGAAAAAUGCAAACCCUCGGCGGAGACGCGCGCGCUCACUAGAGAAGGGUUCCAUGUAAGCAAAGUUGAGGAAGACUGACCUACACAGCCUUCUGUGAAAGGCUGCAGAUGAGAUAAGCAUGCUACCAAGUGAGCCACAUCUUUUGCUGCGCAUUUGCCAUGUUUUUUAGUUCAAAAAUAAGCUUGGUAAACGAUCUCUGCAGAAUUGGAGCCUAUGUGAGAACGAUAUAUGUUACGUAGAUUUUACGGAUAUUUUCGCAUGCGGGAACAGAUUGUGCCAGAUUGUGCCAAUCUCCUCAAAAUCGAUUUCCCUAUCCAAUUCAUUUUCCUCUGGAUGCUCACACACUUUUUAUCCACUUCUUCCUUCCAACUGUCAUCAAAGCUGUCUCUACCACUACAGGUCCCCAACUGUACAUAAUGCCUCUUUAACACCUCUAGCUUGCCCUUUUUACUAGUCACUGGCACCCCAGGCCCCAGCACUAUUCCUCAGCACUGUUAUCCCCUCCUCCUACCCUUUGUCCUUCUGCCAACAAAUCCUCUUUCCUAUUACCUUCAAAAUCUAAAUUUGUACCUCAUUAAAUCCCUUGUUUCUUACUUUCAGGGAUUUGGCAAGGAGCAUGCAAAAUGGAAUCCAACGGCAGGAGUGGCAUUUGAAUAUGAUCCAGAUAAUGCACUGCGACACACAACCUACCCCAAGCCAGAAGACUGCACAAGCACCCUAUGAUUACAGAGGGCAACCCAGCAAGUUCUUUUUCAAUGUGGAGUCAUCUGGAGCUUUGAAGCCUGAAAAUAUUGUGUUGUCUGGAUUAAAUGUGCUCAAACAAAAACUGAGUGAUUUACAGGUGCAACACCAGCAAGAAAUGGCUCAAGAAGCACUUAGCAUUCAAUGACUUGUGUCACCUUAUGAGUAGUACACAGUGAUUGACUCAAUGAUAAUUCAUAUUCAAUCGAGAGCAACGAAAUCUACAAAAUUAAUGAUGACUUAGACAUACACCGCCGGCCAAGGCCGGAAAAUGAGUGAUACAAC